AUGGAAGACUCGACACGACGCGGAGGUCGAUACUGUAAGAUCGCCGUGUUGGGAGCGCGCAAUGUGGGGAAAACGUCGCUCACGGUCCAAUUCGUGGAAUCGCAUUUCGUGGAGUCGUACUACCCUACGACGGAGAACCAGUUCAGCAAACAGUUGAGAGUCGGUAAACUAAACUAUUCGCUCGAGAUAUGCGACACAGCGGGUCAGGACGACGUUUCGGUGCUGAAUAACAAGAGCUUGAACGGGAUUCAGGGGAUCAUGAUAGUUUACAGUUGCGUGAACCGGGCGAGCUUUGAUGUAGUGAGUGUGAUACGAGAUAAAGUGAACGAUCAGUUGGAGUUCAGAGACAUUGCCACGUUGGUGGUGGCCAACAAGAUCGAUUUGCGUGACGCCAAGAGCGGCGGCUGGUCCGGCGGCAACGAACGUGUCACGGAACAAGAGGGUCGAAGGUUGGCCGAAAGACUCGGUGCCGGGUUCGUGGAAUGUAGUGCGAAAUACGACACCGGCGUUGACAAAGCGUUUGAAAAAAUGGUACGACGCGUCGAGGCACUCGCGCCUGCGGGCGUCGACGACGGGUGCAGCGUGAUGUAG